AUGCUGAUGCGCAGGAGUCACAGGCAGGAGUUCAACUUGAUGGGCAAGCGGGAAGCUCUUCUGAUGCUCCAUCGGAUCUUGACGUCGAACGCGGACAGGAAUGGCUUCCUACCGCUCGCGAAGGAGAGCUUGGAUCUGGUGGCAGAGGAGGCCAUGAAACAUGCCACUGGUGAGGAGACGACCUCCGACUACGCACAGCUACGUCUUGAGCGAGUCCUGGUCCGCAUGCCUUUCCGCCAGCUUGCCUUUCUCUCUGUCUCAAAGGCAAAUUGCCGCGAGUUUGGUGAACUGAUGGUGACAUGCGUCGAGAAGCUCACCGAUGAUUUUGAAGCCAGGCGGGAAAUCGAUCCCAUUCCUCGUCGGCCGCAUGGGCGUGAGCUUGAAGUGGAGGGUGGUCCCGGCUUUCGCCGGUUGCAGGAGUCGCUCGAGAUCGAUGACUUCUUGCUCCCUUCGGCCUCAAUCAAGGAGAAGCAGGAGAAAAUGGCCAAGAUGCUGCAGCGUCUGGUAGAUUGUCAUGACACGUCCUGCAUGGUGCUGCUGUACCACUACACUUCCAUAGAGAACGCACGGAGCAUUUUGAAGGAAGGGUUCGCACUCUCCGAUUGCAACACCUUUGGACCUGGGAUCUACUUCACAGAGUUGCCACCAACAGAUGCAGAAUGUCAGUCCUUGCAUUGGGAGGAGAACCUGAUGCUCAACGUUUUCGGCGCCGGUUGGGAGCAGCGGUAUGAUUUGGAAGAUUUGGCAGUCGUCAUCGUAGAACUGCCAAAAACCAUGGUUCGGCCAUGUGGAGCGAGGACAUGGUUCUGUCCAAAGGUGGAAGCGAUCUGCCACCACAACCAUCGUUUGCAGAGCCACAUCAAGAAGGUUGCCUUUUUGACCCGUUGGGUUUCAUUGAGAUGGUGCCUGACCGGCAAGCGCUUCCACACUAUACCGUGGUAUGUAGCAUGUGACAAGCCGGAUUUCAUUGGUUGGCUCCGAAAUUACCUCCACGAGAAUUUCAGGCUAUCAUUGCGGCUGUCAUACUACGCUACAAAGCUGAUGGUGGAUUUGCCGGGUUCUGAGGGGGCACGCACGCAGAGAGAAUGCCCCAGCUCCGGCACAUGGGAAGAGCUCCAAAAACCAUCGCAAAUUUACGUGUACCAGGCUGUUCCUCAAGACUUCCCGGAGUACAGGGACCUGCUCCAUAGCAGUGAAACGAGCGAGCUGGAGUCGGCCCUAUGGGCGGGUCAGGACCCGAACUGCGUGGAUGCGCGUGGCCAGACAGCCGCAUGGAAGGCCAGCCGAAACGGUAACUUGGAGAGCCUUCAUUGCCUAAACAAGGCCAAUGCAGACUUCGACAUACCUGACAAGAGGGGAGCUUCACCCGUUUUUGCAGCUUCCGACAAGGGCAAUGUGGCCGUGGUCCGAUUCUUGCUGGAUUGCGGUGCCAGUGUCAACAGGCAAGUUAGCCCUGGAACGCACGUAGCUAUCUUUGCAAGCGCGCUGUACGCUGGUUGCCAGAACGGCAACCUGGAGAUUGUGGAAACUUUGUUGGGUGCCCUCGCCGACGUGAAUGAGAGGACAGCAGAUGGGGCAACAGCACUGAUGGUUGCGGCCCAGAACGGGAACGAGAAAGUCUUCAGCCGAGUCCUGGCCGCCUGCGACACGACGAGCAUAAACCUGGAAGAUCCGACUGGUUUAACGGCCCUGUAUUUUGGCGCCCAGAACGGCUAUACAGGGAUUGUCUGCAUGCUUUUGAAAGCAGGCGCAUCGACACAAGUGCGCAGCCAAGACGGAGCCACGCCGUUGUUCAAAGCGGCUCAGAACGGGCACCAGGAGGUUGUCGUACCCCUGCUGCAACACAGGGCCGAUGUUUUUGCAGCGGCACAUGAUGGCACCACGCCCUUGAUUUUGGCAGCUUACAAAGGGCACGUGUCUGUGGUGGACGUCCUGGUGCCAGAGAUCAUAAACAGGGCCGGCGUGAAAGGGCUAGACAUCAGCAUGCAGAGCAGCGGUGCGACAGCGAUGUUCGUGGCGGCACAGGCAGGGAAAGACGGCAUCGUGAGGAAGCUGGGCCUUUUCGGGGCCGAUGCGCAGAAAAGCUUGGCGAGUGGGGCCUGCCCAAUUCACAUCGCAGCUAAGCUUGGGCACCUCAAUGUGCUAAAAGAGCUGCUAGACGCCAAGGCAGAUGUGGAUGCACGUGGGCCAGACGGUAUCACGGCACUCGACCUUGCUUCCAAGAAUGGUCAUAUAGAAUGCGCCAACCACUUGCUAAAGCUGUAUGCGGAAGCCUUGGAGAAUGGGCAGACGGCCCACCAAAACGAGGAGGCCUACGUUCCUGAGUUGCUGGCCGUCGAGAUCGCCCACCAUGACUCCGCAUGGGUGAAUCGUCAUGAGCUCCAGCUUCGGGAUCCGGGACGUCAUGAGACCGCUUCUGCCGUGAAUCAGAACUGCAGCAGUGGUGCCGUCAGCGCGCAGGCGUGUACCCUGGCUGGCACGCAGCCGACUCCAGAAACUAUGGGGCUCCGUCGCGAUCUCAUCGGCAUACUCCGGCGGUAUGGAUCCGGCAAGAGCCUUCUCCUCUCACGCUUCAACGAGGAAGUGAGACGGCAGGGAUGUCUAUGUCAUUGGCAGGGACGUGGCAGGAAGAGAUUUUUAUCGAAGGUUAUAUUGAAGGAUGACCCCGCAAUUUCCGUCCACCUGGAACCGCACCAAGAAAGCAUCCAGCUGGUGAAGGGUUUCCAAGCCUUUUCAUCAGAGUCCUCAUGUGGUAACGUGUACAAAGAUCCCGACUGA